AUGGGUACGGUAUGCCGCCUUCUUCUCUGGGCCACCGUAGUCCUCGGCUUUCUCGCCUCGACUACGCAACAAUACGCACAAAAUGAUGACGUCGCGGAGCCGUGGCCGUAUGAGUUGCGGACGGAAUUGGGGUUGGUAAAGAAAGGCGACAUGUUGAUGAGCGCCGACUCGACAGAGGACGGUGGAGGCAGUGGAGGCGGACAAAGCGGCGGAUUCGUCUCAAUGGUCGCCUGGGGUCUAUGCGCAUUUGUCGCGGUCAUCCUUUAUGGGUGCUGCUGCUGCGUUGGCUGCUAUUACGUGGGCAAGAAUUGCAUUGCGGAUGCCAAGCCAGUCGCAAACAGGCGAAGGGCAUACCUCAUAGCGGCAGCACAUGAACGAGGAGGAUGCGAGCGUGGUGGCCAAGGUUUCGAAAGCGAUCGAUAUCGAGACCAGCGC